GGCGGCUAUCGAUUGAAUAUCGAACGACUCUCCAGAACGAUGUAUCGAAUACGAUCACAAUUCUAAGCUACAUUGCUCACUUAAAAUUACGGCUUGGGUGUUGUGAGGUUUUAUUCAUCUAUUUUCUUUUUCGACACGUGCAAGUUUUUAUUUCGAUAGAUUAGAAUAAUUCAAGAAACAAAAUAAUGACUGAUGAUAAAACAGAAUUUGAUUGGGGAAACGAGAAACUACAACGUGCCCAGAAAACAGUGGAUGAAUCUCCUUACGAUUUGGAAGCAUGGAGCAUCCUUAUCAGAGAAGCACAAAACAGACCUAUUACAGAAGUAAGGCCAGUCUUUGAAAAACUUGUAACUGUGUUUCCUUCUGCGGGUCGAUAUUGGAAAAUUUAUAUAGAACAAGAGAUGAAAAUGCGCAACUUUGAAAAGGUGGAAAAGCUCUUCCAAAGGUGCCUUAUGAAAAUCUUAAAUAUUGAAUUGUGGAAGCUCUACCUUUCAUAUGUGAAAGAAACAAAAGCCAGUCUUGCAACAUACAAGGAAAAAAUGGCACAAGCCUACGAUUUUGCACUAGAUAAAAUUGGCAUGGAUAUACAUUCCUACAGUAUAUGGAAUGACUAUGUUACAUUUCUCAAAAGCGUUGAAGCUGUUGGUUCAUAUGCUGAGAAUCAGAAAAUCAGUGCAGUAAGAAAGGUAUAUCAACGGGGUGUUAUUAAUCCUAUGAUAAAUAUGGAACAAUUAUGGAAAGAUUAUAUGGCAUUUGAGCAAAAUAUUAAUCCAAUAAUUGCAGAAAAAAUGGCUAUUGAACGUUCCAGAGAUUACAUGAACGCAAGAAGAGUUGCUAAAGAAUUAGAAGCUGUAACAAGAGGAUUGAAUCGAAGUGCUCCUAGUGUACCACCAACAGGUCAUCCAGAAGAAGUUAAACAGGUUGAAUUGUGGAAGAAGUAUAUUGCAUGGGAACGCAGUAAUCCGUUAAGAACGGAAGAUACUUCUCUAGUUGCCCGCCGAGUAAUGUUUGCUAUAGAACAAUGUUUAUUAUGUUUGGGCCAUCAUCCUGCAGUGUGGCAUCAAGCUGCACAUUUUUUAGAACUUAGUUCAAAAAUAUUAACAGAGAAAGGUGAUGUAAAUGCUGCGAAAAAUUUAAGUGAUGAAGCUGCAACAAUGUUUGAAAGAGCAACAAGUACAUUGUUAUCCAAGAAUAUGUUAUUGUAUUUUGCACAUGCAGAUUUUGAAGAAGGACGAGUAAAAUAUGAAAAAGUUCAUCAAAUAUAUCAAAAGUUCCUUGACAUACCUGAUAUUGAUCCUACAUUAGCAUAUGUACAAUACAUGAAAUUCGCGAGACGUGCUGAAGGUAUAAAAUCGGCUAGAACGGUGUUCAAAAGAGCUCGUGAAGACCCUAGAUGUAAACAUCAUGUAUACGUUGCUGCUGCUUUAAUGGAAUAUUACUGUACCAAGGAUAAAAAUAUUGCUUUUCGGAUAUUCGAACUAGGUUUAAAGAAAUUUGGGGAUAAUCCUGAUUAUAUACUUUGUUAUAUUGACUAUCUAUCGCAUUUGAACGAGGACAAUAAUACAAGAGUUUUAUUUGAGAGAGUUUUAUCAUCUGGUAGUUUAGAACCUGAAAAAUCAGUCGACAUAUGGAACCGAUUUUUAGAAUUUGAAUCUAAUAUUGGAGAUCUAGCUAGCAUUGUUAAAGUUGAGAAACGACGUAGCGCCGUGUUAGAAAAGAUCAAAGAAUUUGAGGGCAAAGAAACGGCACAAUUAGUAGAUAGAUAUAAAUUCUUGGAUCUGUAUCCAUGUACUCCAAUGGAAUUACGAUCUAUCGGAUAUAUGGAAGUGUCGAGUGUUGGAAGAAGUACAGCUGGUGCAUUACCGCGAAUACCAGAUCCAGAAGAAGCUAUAGCAUCAUUGCCAAGACCCGACAUAUCACAAAUGAUACCUUAUAAACCAAAAGUAAAUCCAUUACCUGGAGAGCACCCAGUUUCAGGUGGUUCCUUUCCGUUACCGCCGGCUGCAGCACAACUUUGUACGAUGCUACCACCACCUGGAUGUUUCAGAGGACCAUUUGUGGCUGUUGAUUUGCUUAUGGAUGUUUUCAACCGAAUACAGUUACCAGAUCAUGCUCCAUUACCAGUAGCGGAUAAUGGAUGCGAUACAAAAUUGUUCGAUCUAGCAAAAUCUGUACAUUGGAUCGUUGAUGAAAGUAACGAUGGAGUUAGUAUUGGAUCUAAACGUAGAAGAUCGCGCCUGGGAAAUGAUGAUAGCGAAGAAGAAGAUUUACCACCACCACCGGCAAAUGACAUAUAUCGCCAAAGACAACAAAAACGAGUCAAGUGAAUAAUAAAAAAAAAAAAAAAAAAUAUAUUCAUCAGAGUUACGUAUCAUCUCCAUAUAUUUUGGAGAAAAUUGAUACCUGUUAUUAUAUAUUUUUACAUUUUCUGUUUGCUCUGAUAGGGAUUAACCUAAAAGAACAAACCUAUUAUAAUUGAAAAGCGUACGUUACGUAUAUAUAAACAAUUACGAGAUUUCUUAUGUGACACUGUGCACGAUACUUCGAGUACUAUGUACUCAGAAAUCCUAUAUUUAAACUGUUAGUUUCAGUUUUGUUCAGAUGUGUUCAUUUACAAUUAAUUAAGACAGGAGGACAAAAAUGGAAACGUCCAAUAGAUUCAGCUUGAUUAUAUUGUUACCUACGUCAUUGUGUAUUAUGAAUUUGGCACAAAUAUAAGAUUGAAUUUUUACACCAGAGUUAAUGAUGAUUUAUAUUUGAAUAUAGAUGAAAUAUUUCUCUUAUAGAAAAUAAUUACUAUUCAAUUAUUUUAGAGUGAAGAUAACGGGUGCAGCGUUCAUGACUAUGUCGGAAUGAAUUAAUUCGAAUUACGUGUGAUAUUAAUUGGAACAAUUGUUCUACGUGAAAAUGUGGUAUAUAAAAUAUAUGAAUGGAGGAAAGGCAAUUUAUUAUCCUUAGGUAUAAAAUAAUUUAGUUUUAUCGUAUAAUAUCGAAUCAAAUGUAUUCGAAAAAAUAGUUUUUUUUUCAUUUCAUUUUUUAUUUUAAUAUUUGUAUUUAUUAUAAACUUUGCAUAUUUUUCUAAAUGACCAACUAUUAAUGUGUUCCAUCUAUUAAUUUACUUUCUAGCAUUUGAUAAAUAAAAUAUCUGCGGAAAACUAUUUAUCCGAGUACGCUCGUCCCAUGCUGUAUUGUUAAAUUGAUUUGUAUAAUUGAUGUACAGAAUCAAUAAAUUAUCGCAACUUCA